UCUGACUGGGCGGAAGUGCCGUUGUUGCCGUCGGAGGCGCGCGCGUGAGGCGAAGAUGAAUUGUUGUUCUUAGAAGAAAAUCGGUGACAUACAUAUGUGGAUAUCAGCUAAUUCAGAGGUUACUAAGUGGAUUAACAGCAACAAUGACGAGUAGAGCAACACAGCCUGGCUAUGAAAGAAAAGAUGCUUACAGUCCUCACCGGAGAAGUUCCUCUCCCGAAGACAGGGACUCGGAACAUGGGAAGUCUCGGGCGUCUCAAGGCAAAGGUCACUUGGAUCACAGCAGACCUGACCGUGAACGUUCAGAAAAGAGCCACCAUGGUGACAGAAACAUGGACACAAGGAGGGGGGAAAAAGACAGACACGAAAGAGAGAGGGAGUCCGAUAGGCGAAAGUACCGGAGGUCCGUUUCGCCUGAGAGAAGAAAAACACCCGAGAAAUCAGCUCAUGAUGAACCCCCUCCAAAGAAGAAGAAAGAGGAUCUGGAUCCGAUUCUUACCCGCACAGGCGGCGCAUAUAUUCCUCCAGCCAAGCUCAGGAUGAUGCAAGCGCAAAUCACUGAUAAAAAUAGUUUAGCAUACCAAAGGAUGAGUUGGGAAGCACUGAAGAAAUCCAUCAAUGGUCUUGUCAAUAAAGUGAACGUUUCAAACAUUGAAAACAUCAUCCACGAACUUCUUCAAGAAAAUAUUGUCAGAGGAAGAGGGUUGUUGGCAAGAUCCAUUCUGCAAGCCCAGAGUGCUUCACCCAUUUUCACUCAUGUUUACGCAGCGGUCGUAGCCGUCAUCAACUCCAAGUUUCCAAACAUUGGGGAACUGAUUCUCAAGAGGCUCAUUCUAAAUUUCCGCAAAGGAUACAGAAGAAAUGAUAAGCAACUUUGUCUGACAGCUUCCAAGUUUGUUGCCCAUCUUAUGAAUCAGAAUGUGGCUCACGAGGUUCUGUGUUUGGAAAUGCUCACGUUGCUUCUGGAAAGGCCUACCGAUGACAGUAUUGAAGUAGCAAUUGGAUUUCUAAAGGAAUGUGGUCUCAAAUUGACAGAAGUGUCUCCCAGAGGUGUUAAUGCCAUCUUUGAUCGCCUUCGUCACGUCCUUCACGAAUCUGAGACUGACAAGCGGGUUCAGUACAUGAUAGAAGUGAUGUUUGCUGUGCGCAAAGAUGGAUUCAAGGAUCACCCAGUGGUUCCAGAUGGGCUGGAUCUUAUAGAGGAGGAGGAUCAGUUUACUCAUAUGUUGCCCUUGGAAGAUAAUUAUAAUCCGGAUGAUGUUCUCAAUGUGUUCAAGCUGGAUCCUAACUUUAUGGAGAAUGAAGAGAAGUACAAAGCGCUGAAAAAAGACAUUCUUGAUGAAGGUGACAGUGACUCAGGAACUGGUCAGGAUGCUGGAAGUAGUGAGGAAGAGGAGGAAGACGAGGAGGAGGAAGAGGAAGAUGAAGAAGGACAAAAAGUGACCAUCCAUGAUAAAACAGAAAUUAACUUGGUCUCCUUUCGGCGAACCAUUUACCUCGCAAUUCAGUCAAGCUUAGAUUUUGAAGAAUGUGCUCAUAAGCUUCUGAAGAUGGAUUUCCCUGACAGCCAAACGAAAGAAUUAUGCAACAUGAUUCUUGACUGUUGUGCUCAGCAACGAACGUAUGAGAAGUUCUUUGGCUUGCUGGCUGGGCGAUUCUGUAUGCUAAAAAAAGACUACAUGGAAUCAUUUGAAGCCAUUUUCAAAGAGCAGUAUGAUACUAUACACCGACUGGAAACAAACAAGUUGAGGAAUGUUGCCAAGAUGUUUGCCCAUCUUUUAUAUACAGAUUCAUUGCCAUGGAGUGUCCUUGAAUGCAUAACCCUGAGUGAAGAAACUACAACAUCAUCCAGUAGGAUUUUUGUUAAAAUAUUCUUCCAGGAGCUUAGUGAAUACAUGGGGCUUCCUAACCUUAAUGCAAGGUUAAAGGACGAGACUCUGCAGUCAUUCUUUGAAGGGCUCCUACCUCGGGACAAUCCAAGAAAUACAAGAUUUGCCAUCAAUUUCUUCACAUCCAUUGGUCUCGGAGGACUAACGGACGAGCUGCGUGAACAUCUGAAAAACGCACCCAAAAUGAUUAUGACGCAGAAACAAGAUGUGGAGUCAUCAGAUUCAUCGUCAGACUCCGAAUCUUCCGAUUCAGGUGGUGGCAGCAGCAGCAGUGAUAGUUCAGAGUCUUCCAGUGAGAGCGAAUCGGCGUCCGACAGUGAGCACAGCAGCGAUUCAAAUACGAAAAGGAAGAAGUCACAGAAGAAGAAAACAGCAGACAUAGGUGCCAGGAGAAAAGAGGCCAGUAAAAAGAAAGAGCUUGAAAAGAAAAAGAAAAGGCAACCAGAGCGGGAAAACGAUGCAGGGAGAACUGCAGAAAGGAACGCUGACAGAAAUUCACGAGACCGAACUUGGAGAGACGAAGCUUCAAAGAAGCCUUCCUAUGACAGAGAUUAUUUCACUGACAGAAACAGCCAUUGGAGUGAAAAGGACAGGGGUCAUGAAAUUAAUGUGCAUUUUGAAAGCCAUCAGAGUCAUUCUAAAAAGAAAAGAGGAGAGAGAAGAAAUUCUUUUUCAGAUAACGAAGGCGGGGACAGGCACUGGACUCAAGAUGGCGAAUCCCACAGAAGGAGGAAGGACAGAUCAAAAUCGAGAGAGAAACCCCAUAAUUAUCCUAGUCCCAGGAAAGACGAAGAGCAUUAUCGGAACGGCUCAGAGAAGACCCUGCAAAAAUACAGCCGAUAUGCUGAGCCGUUGAAAGAGUCAAGGAAAGAUGAAGGUAGACGGCACAGGGAGAAUUCCCCACGCCGGCACAAGUGAUGCUCGUAGCCUGAUGAAGUACAAACGCUUCCUCCUCUGGAUGCGAACUGUAAAUUUUACUAACAUUCUGAACUCCCGUUUUUUCGAAAGUUCCUUUUGUACAAAGUCCUUUGUAAACGUGGUCGGGCUUUUUUAAAGCUUUCCAGUACGUCUUUUUAUGAUUGCUACGACUGCUGAAGCCUUCCGCUUACCUGGUGUUUCAGUGUUUAGGUCAAACGGUAAUCAGAUCCUGUUUAUUUUGUCAAUAAAAAAAGUUCUACUGAAAUUUAGUGCUUAGUUUCACCUCCCCAAAUUGUAAAUAAUAUUUAUAUUAUCUGAAGUGCUAGAAUUUCAUUAGUUUUGUUUGCUAAAUGAUUCUCAGAACGGUAUAAUUUCAGUACAGGUGCUGAAAGUGUUCAUUUUAUAAACAACCGUUAUUCUAUAAUUGUAUAAAGCCUUGAAGCAAAGUGGGCUCUGGCAAAUUGAUUUCGCUUCUUGUUUUUUCCAAGAGGAAAUUGUUAGCUUCUCUUCUGAACUGAAACCAUUACAGACAUCUGUGAUGAUACUGUGGUAUUGCUUAUGUCCAAUAAUACCCACUUACCUGCUUUUUGUUCAACAGAGCUAGAGGAUGAUGUUGGAGAGGGGGCUUUCUUCAUGCUUUGGGGAGGGGGAUCAUGAACUACAUAAAGGUUUUGUGAAUCAGGCUGUGCUCUCUCUUGCAUGUCACAGUGAAGUGACAGCAACAGUUGACCCAUGCAGCGAAUAAAUUUUUUUAACUUUCUUCAGA